AAUCUCGUCCCUCAGUUUUCUUUAGACCAGCAUCAUCGUUGAACGUUCACGAUGACCGCUCUACCGACCAAGAUGCUUCUCCUUGAAGGUUUUUUAUUACUCAUCGUGGUUCAGGAAAACUUUGCUCAAUACCUUCCUCCAACACCGACAGUGGAACCUCUUUAUCCGAAAGGAUUACGAAUGUCCAUUCCGCAUGAGGAUGGCAUCUCCUUGGUCGCCUAUCACGUGAAAUUUAACGAAGAUUUCAAUGGCCUCGAGGCAGGAACUAUUGCCAGAGAUAUCGUAAAAGCUCGCAAUGGUCGAUGGACGUACGAGGAUCGAACCACAAGGUUGAAGCGAGGCCAAAAAAUUUACUACUGGAUCCAUGUAGUUUACGAUGGCCUCGGUUACAACUUGGUGGAUCAACAGCACGAAGUAAACGAGUUUUACAAUUAUGAUGGAACGCCUGUAAGUGCAUCCACUGGAGGCAACAUCGUUUGCGCGAGACCAUCUGAGACAAGGACAUUCGAAACCGAUCGCAAUACUCCACAAACGAAUCGACAAAAUAUCUGUCCAGGACAAUUAUUAUUCGAAGAUAACUUUGAUACGCUUGAUUCUAGCCGCUGGAAGACCAUCGAACGUUUCUCCCACGCACCAAACUACGAGUUUGUAGUUUACAAGAACGAUAGGAACAACGUAGAUGUCUGGGACGGCGUUUUACAUAUUAGACCCACCCUCACUAAUGUCGUGUUUGGAAGAGAUUUCAUUCGCGAGGGUACUUUGACGCUAGAGAAAUGCACCAGCGAGAUUGGUACUGCAAAUUGCAAACAAGUAGGACGCGCACCGUUCAUUCUACCGCCUGUAAUAGCAGGACGUAUAAACAGCAAACCAUCUUUCCUCUUUUUGUAUGGACACGUUCAAAUUCGAGCUAAAUUACCGCGUGGCGAUUGGUUGUAUCCUUUGAUUACGCUAGAAAGUACCGAGGGGAAUACAGAUGAUUCGAAAGCAUAUUGUGAGAUCAUAAUAGCUCACUCAGUUGGUAAUCCUUCGCUCCAAUUGAAAGACGGAAAAGAUUUCAGUGGACACCUUCUUCAGGCUGGCGGAUAUGCGGUCUCAAAGGAUAACCAAAAUAAGCAGAACAAUUGGUUCAAUCUUCUUAGUAAAAAUUCAAGUUCGUUAUGGUCGGACAGUUAUCACGUAUUCGACUUGAUAUGGAAACCUGGCCAAGUAGUGGUCAAGGUUGACAAUGAACAAUAUGGCGAGCAACAAUUGCCACCUCUGUAUGAUACACCGCUUUAUCUGAACUUCGGCAUAGCAGUCGGAGGUCACGUUGUCUUCCACAACACUUGCACGAGUGGUCAUUACGAGAAGCCUUGGAAGAAUCUAUCACCGAAGGCACUGAAUGACUUUUAUCAAGCGGAGAGCAACUGGCUGGAGACAUGGCAUAACAGUGAUACUGGUCUCCACAUCGACUACGUUAAAGUGUGGGCAAUCUAAGAACAGCAUAGUCUUCAAGAACAAUUAUAAAUACUCUAAACGCAUUUAAAUUCUAUCACUCGUUCGUUAUUUUUCAUUCUCUUCGUGAUAUCGCAUGCAAUCACAGAGGAGGUGCCGGAGGGACCAACACAGAUGGUGGUAGAGGUUGUCGAUAAGGUACACUAUCGGGAUGAAAGCCAGAGCCUAGUAACUCGAUCAGCCACUGUCCACGAUAACCAUAUCGGUUUUGAUAAGCGUAUGCAGCACGAGGUCCAUCGUCAGGUCUGAAUUCGAAUGCCAUCUUCUUCCUGGUGUCCGGAGCAGCUACUAGUCUCAAGAAAUACUCUGCACUGUUUCGUGGCCAUUCCAAUAAUCUUCCACCGGACCAGAGGUUCCUGAACAUGCUUGUCAAUCUUGAUGGAGAUAGGUCGAAGGGAAUGGUCCUGGUCACGCGGGUCAAAACUGUACCGUUACACUCGACGACUAUGCAUAGCUGUAUUUAAAAUGAAUAAAGGAUUAAAUGAUCUUAUAA